AUGGCAUCAGCAACCAUCAUUUCCGCCGCUCCGCUCCCCGACUGGGUCCGUCCUGCGCUAUUUGUGGCAUUUAUAUUUUCCUCCGUUGGGAUAUAUAUCAUUCCACAAGCACUCGCUCAGCUCGCAGGUCCUUGGCCAUCGGCUCGCGGGUGCAGCUUUUCACAGGCGCCGGUGGCCUUCUCCUUUGGCUGGUUAUAUCAUGGCAGCAUCGGUCUAGCCAUUUCGUUGGUGUCCCCGAAAUUGAGGCCAGAAUUCGAGUUCCAAUUCAAAUACGAAAGUCUCGGCAGGUUCCCCCGUCACCAUGAGAAAAAGUACCCUACAGACGCCGGGGACGUAACAACUCUGCCCUAUUCACCCCGGACGGACAGAUUCCAACUCGAACCGGACACUCAUAUUGUCCGCGACUACGUCUGGUGGUUAAGCUGGAUCACCAUAGCCAUUCAGUUUGUUAUCGCUGCGCUUCCGUGGAUCACGUAUCACGACAGAUCCGUCUUGUACCUUACAGCGUACGGCACUGCACUUGCGCUAGGCACCAGAGCAUUGCAACAGUGGAAGGACAAAAAGUGGGCGGCCCAUGUGCUGAGCCGCGAUAAGGUGUUAUGUCUAACUCGAGUAAGCGAUGCAGAGCACGUACUUGUGCUGCAAUGCAAAGCCGGGGCCUGGGACCCGGAGUCUGCAGCCACCGCUCCCAACUUACAACCACGGGGGCAGAACUUCGCCAUCGCAAUCUUUAGCAUACUGGCAUGGACGUUGUGGCUGAUAUGUGCCGCUGGGCUUCAGGACAGUGCUCUCUGUUAUCUCGGAGCUGUUUCGGGGAUAGGCAUAGCUCAGACUUACGUCGCUGCGAGGGCUGCCAAGGACCCAAGCGCAUAUGGGCUGGUUGUUACACACUCUAAGCAGGACCCGGCUAUCAUUGGAGGAGAAAAGAACUAUAAGGACGAAGAUAAGGCACAAGUGUCUAUGCGGGUCAAGGCCAAGCCUACCAAUUGGUAG